ACGACGGCGUCUCCCGUUUUGCCUUCGAGGAUGCCGAAGUCGCCCAGAGAAAGUGAGGUCAUGGCUGCUUCGUUAGUAAAUAGUGUCACCCAGGCUCUAGCUAACUUGCUAGACUUAUGGAAUGAAAUGGGCAUGAAGAAAGAACUGCAGCUGGAGCGUAUGCAGGCUGUGAAGGUCCACAUUGAGAAACUGUUGGAGGACAUGAUUGAGGAAGAAAGAAACUUGAAAGAGAAAAUUGAAAAUGAUAUUGAAAUACAGAGGAAGCAGUUGAGUAUCAUCAGAAAUGAACUCAAGCUAGAUUCUUACCAGGUUGAAGAAGGCUUAUCCAUGCUUCAGCUCGAGAGAGAGUUUCGCUUGGCUUUAGAAGCUGCUGUUAAAGAAAAAAGAGGGAGGCUGGAGAAAUUGAAACAGCUGCAGCAAGAAGAUCAGGCACUGUGUACAGAGCUUUGUGCCACCCCCUAUUACAUCCCUACCGGCAGUGUUCCCACUUCCCUGGAGCUGGCAGAACUCGAAGAACAUGUUCAGAAUCUCUUGCAAGUAAAGGAGCAAAGAUUGGAAGAGUUCUUAAAACUGAGAAGAGAAAUCAGACAGUAUAAUAAAGAAAUUGGCCAUAUACCAGAUGGCACACUGGAAAAUGAGAUGCUGCUUGAUGAUGAAGAAUAUAUUUGCCUUACAAAGAAGAAUAUUGAAGAUCUUAAAUCACUUGUUAAUCAGUUGCAGCUCAAGAAAGAAUCCUUGACUGCCAGCCUUGAGACGGUGGCGGAAGAAGUGCAACUUCUGUGGGACAGACUUCAGUGGCCGCAAGAGCAGCAGGAGGACUUUAAAAGAAUCACAAGCAAACGCUCUAUUUCUGAAGCACUAAGGAUGUGGGAAGAACAGUUGCUGAACCUGGAAGAGCUGAAGAAAGAGAAACUGAAGGACCUUAUUUUGAAAGUCAGGCAACAGCUCAAUAGCUACUGGCAAAAGUGUUUCUAUAGUGACGAACAGAGGGCUGCAUUUCAGCCUUUUCAUAAUGACAAUUUCACAGAAGACUUGUUGAGUCAGCAUGACGAGGAACUUCUGAAUAUGAAACUCAAGUAUGAGAAGAACCAGCUUAUGUACACGAGUGUACACAAAUGGGCAACCACAUGGGAGCGUUUCAUUGAAUUGGAGAAAAAAUCGACAGAUCCAAGCAGACUUCUGAACAGAGGAGGUAACUUGCUCAAAGAUGAAAGGGAGCGGUCAAAGAUCCAAAAGCAGUUGUUAAAAUUGAGUGAAGACCUGAAGGAAAGUGUUGAAAGCUGGGAAAGAGAAAAUGGUGCUGACUUCCUCGUCAACAAUGAGAGGCUUUUAGACUCCAUAGCCCAUCAGUUGGAACAUCAUAGGCUUAGAAAAGAUCAGACAAAAGCAUCUGUGAAGAGGGAUGAAUCAGCAGGGCCAAAUUCAGGUGUUAAAAGACCUGCAGGUGUAUAUACGCCGACUCCCAAGAAGAUACGCAAGGAGAAUGGAACUGUACUUAAAUCGAGCAACUGCUGUAAUAUCGCAACCAGAAAUGCUGGCAAACCAUCUGGUCAAAUCAAGACUCCUUCCAAAAGCAUACCUCUAGAUUCCCUGCACCGACCACCAUUGGAAGAGUGCAAGGAAAGCAUACCAGACAGUCAACUUAGCUAUUCAGAUUUCAUGAAAGACCUGUCAGUGAAAUCCAGCAGCAACAGAAUUUUCAAUUCUACGUUAAAGGAGAACUUGAACUGAUGAGCCUUCCUCCACUGGAGCUGAAACAUACCCCGAGGUCCGUUGUAUAAAGGGAUUUAUUUUAAAAAAUUAAGUAUUAAACAUGCAUACAGUGCUUUUGUGUA